UCGAAUUUUAACACCUCCUGGGCCAGCCGGUUUCACGACAUACACGACACUCCAGCUAUACCUAUACCGAUAAACUGACCGCUCGCGACCCGUGAGCGUCGUUACGAACGAAAAUGUUACGCUGGGGUAUCGCCCUCGCGUUUCUGGGUCUGACCGCGUUGGCGUGGGCUCAUAACGCGUUGCGAAAACGGGUUAAAGCGAAGCAGUCGUCCAAAUCUUCAAAGCACUCCCGUGAUGAUGAGAAAUCGGGAUCCCAAGAUAGAUACCCAACGGAAGCAAGCCCGGCAACCGGGAUAUUUCCCCUGAAGGGUUCCCGAUGGGAUCAAGUGACUCCCCAAGCCUUCCGGCCCUUCAAGCCCAUCUAUCACAUUACGAUGGGCAUCCAGUCCAGCACUCCCUCAGAGCUGAUCGAGAUCGACAGCAGCUAUCUCGACCAGAUAGCGUACAGGAGGCGCAUUCUCACCGAGAACGCCACCACAGUCACCGGCAGCGUGCCGGAGGGCGUGCUCCCCGCCCGAGAGCUGUACGAGUUUCUCCUCGUCGAGUACCUGCCCGCCCGCUACCCGGACAUGUUCGCCCUGGAGGCGCAGGGCGCCGACUUCCGGAACAAGGUAACCGGGCGCGGCUUCCAGACGGCGCCGCCGGGAGACGUGCUGGAGCUCCUGCGCGUCCUCGGCGAGAACGUGGAGGACGACCUGUUCCUGCUGGUCGAGACGCCCGAGGGCCACCGUAUGGUGUCGUUUGUGUGCUGCCACCCGUCCGGCUUCGACCCGUCGGCGAAGUUGGGGAAACUCCUUAGGGACAUCCAUGAGCCUGUGCCAGCCUAUGAGAAGAUCGGGGCGAGCAUGGAGCGGUUCUUUGCGAAGCUGGAGGCGGGCAAGGUAGUCAAGAGACUAAACUGGGGAAUCACUACCGUGCCCGAGCUCUUCACGCCGGGGUUCAACCACGUUAGCGAAGGGGAGACGUUUGUGGCGGACGAGGAGGUCGACAUCGAUAUGACCCGGCUUCGUGUCGAGCUGCAGGCGCUUUCGAGGCUUCCCAAGACGGGCGCGAUCCUCUUCUCGUUCAAGUCGUACCUGUACCCGCUGGUCGACAUUAAAAAAGAAGGGCUGGGUCCGGGCCUCGCCGAUGCGAUCGAGGGCCUCAAAGACGGGAACGCCCCGGGCAUGUGGCUAUACAAGGGCGCGGUGCGGUGGGGGAACAGCGUGUGCAAGUAUCUGCGGGCGUGAGUACCGCUGGUUGUGUUAGCCAUGAAGAUAACUUGGGAUUAUUUGGCUUGAUCCACCGAAGUGGCCUACCGGACGCGCUUGGCCGACCACAGACACGAUGUCUCAGAUGAGCUAAAACGGGACCGGGACAAUACUUACGCCACACGUCGCCUGAGCCUCUCAGGCUUGGGCCCUACUCAGGCCUGAAUGUCCCGAGAAGCCCGCGGGCUGGAUUUAGCGCGUGAGCUGGCGGGGUGGGUGCAUGGAGCUGGGCACUGAGGACCCCGUAGAGUCUCGGCCUCAUGUUAUCUGGGUUAGGGGGUAGACAGAUCGAGCAGAUCCUUCCAUUCUUCCUGAACAUGGACAAGACAGAAUGCCAAGAAAAGAGAACGUCGUGCUCGCAGGUAUCGUAAACAUGGGUAUCGAGGAUGGAAUUCAUGGGAUCGCAAGGAUGGGAUCUGGGCUGUCGGCGUGCGAGGGCUCGGGAUCAAGGCCUGCCGGUCGAGGACGAAGAGUUGGCCCCUCCAUCUUGGC